AUGAAGGGCUCUAUUUUCGCUGCUGCCGCCGUUGUGGGCUCUGCCCUGGCUGACGGUAACCUCCACCGUCGUCAUGAUGCUCUUCACCAGAAGCGCGCUGUCGCCGCUCCUCUGAUCCCCGCCGAGGAGACCUGUGGCUGCACUACCAAGGUCAUCACUUACUAUGGCUCGCCUACUCUGGUGCCCGUCCCGGAGACAUCCACCGCCGCCGUUGAGGCGACCAGCACUGAGUCGACUAGCACUCUCACCAGCACUAUUCACUCGACCAGCACCCUCACCAGCACUGUGACCGUGACUCCCUCCGUGGCUGCUACCACCUCCUCCACCCCGGCUUACACCCCGUCUACCACCCCGGCCGUCUCUGAGGUCCCGACCUCAACCAUCUAUGUGACUCUGCCCACCAAUGGUGUCACCUCCUUCUCCAGCACUGGUACUUACACCAUCCCGGCCACCACCAUGACCGUCACCGAGGAGACCACCGUCUGCGGUGCCACCACCACCGCCCUCAGCAGUGGUAUCAACACUAUCGGCGAGGUCACCACCGUCGUCUCGACCGGUACUGUCGUGACUUGCCCCUACGCCACUGUCAAGCCCACCGGCACCACGGUGACCAGCAUCAUUGAGUACACCACCUACACUUGCCCCGUGGCUGGUACCUAUACCGUUGUCACCGGUACCACCACUUCUGUCCCCGCCGAGACCACCGUUGUUGUCCCUACCGCUUCGACCAUCACUCCUGGCACCUACACUCAGCCCGAGACCACCAUCACCGUGACUGAGACCGACACCACCUACUACUGCCCCUACGCCACCAGCACUGGCCUGGCUUCUUCCUCCGCCGUCCCCACCGCUGCUGCUGCUACCACCACCGUUGCUGCUGCUCAAACCACCGUUGCUGCCGCUACCACCACCGCUGCCGCCGCUGCCACCAGCACCAGCGCUGCUGCCUCUGCUAGCAGCACCUCCUCCCUUACUGGUGCCGGCAAGUACGGUAUGACCUUCUCUCCCUACACCGACAGCGGUGACUGCAUGACCCAGGAGGAGGUCUACAAGAACGUCAAGGUUAUCGCCGACAAGGGCUUUGACCUGAUGCGUAUCUACUCCACUGACUGCAGCGGUCUGGAGUUCAUCGGCAACGCCGCCAAGAAGUACGGCAUGAGCCUCAUCCUCGGUGUCUACAUCGAGAGCACCGGUACCUCCGGCGCUCAGGAGCAGGUCACUGCCAUCUCCGAAUGGGCUCAGUGGUCCAUGGUUAAGCUGAUUGUCGUCGGUAACGAGGCCGUCUCCAGCGGAUACGUCACCGCCGCCGAGCUCGCCAGCUUCAUUACCUCCUCCAAGUCUAGCUUCGAGUCCGCCGGCUACACUGGCCACGUCACCACCACCGAGCCCAUCGACAUCUGGCAAGAGUAUGGUACCUCCAACCUGUGCUCCCCCGUUGACAUCGUCGGUGCCAACAUCCACCCCUUCUUCAACGCCGACACCACCGCCGCCGAGGCUGGUGCCUUCGCUCUGAGCGAGUACAAGAUCCUUGAGGGCAUCUGCUCCAAGGAUGUCGUCAACCUGGAGACUGGCUGGCCCAACGCCGGUAACGCCAACGGAAAGGCUGUUCCCGGUGUCUCCGAGCAGGAGACCGCUAUCAAGGGAAUUGCCAGCACCAUCGGCUCCAAGUCCAUCUUCUUCUCCUACGCCGAUGACACCUGGAAGUCCCCUGGCGAGUUCGACGUUGAGCAGCACUGGGGAUGCGCUAGCGUCUUCUAA